CGCCUCGGCCUCCUCCUGCGCUCGGGGCUCGGAGCUGAGGAGCUGCGCUGCGAUGUCCGCAAAGUUCCAGGAGGCAGCGGCCGGCGUCUCCCUGCGCUCCCGCCGCAGCGCCUUUUGUGCGAGGCAAAAGGAUUCUUGUGGAAGAUGGUACUAUGUCUGUUUUCCAGAAUGUGUAUCCGAGCCCAUCAGUGGAACCUGACCCUACAGUGCUGUGUUGAAAUGCCUGAAGAGGACCCACGCUUCUGCCUGAGCCUCCUAUCCUCCUAAAACCAUGGUUGUCUCAGCAGCGUUGACUGCAUCCCAUACUGGGACAUCCAACACAACAUUUGUAGUCUAUGAAAACUCCCAUGCGAAUAUUACAGCGCCCCCACCAUUUCAGCAUCCAAGCCCUGGUCCGCUUCUUAGAUACAGUCUGGAAACCAUGACUAGCACUGGAUUUAGUUCCUUAGCAGUGAACAGCACAGCCACGACCCUAACACCAGCAGUUUUUAAGAGCCUAAAUUUAGCCCUCCAGAUCAUCCUUUCAGCUCUAAUGAUAUUUAUUCUGUUUGUGUCUUUUCUUGGAAACUUGGUUGUGUGCCUCAUGGUAUACCAGAAAGCUGCCAUGCGGUCUGCGAUCAACAUUCUUCUCGCCAGCCUGGCUUUUGCUGACAUGCUGCUUGCUGUGCUGAACAUGCCCUUUGCCCUGGUAACUAUUCUUACCACCAGAUGGAUAUUUGGGAAAUUCUUCUGCAGGUUGUCUGCUAUGUUCUUCUGGUUGUUUGUGAUAGAGGGAGUCGCUAUCCUGCUCAUUAUUAGCAUUGAUAGGUUCCUGAUUAUAGUUCAGAGGCAAGAUAAGCUAAAUCCAUACAGGGCUAAGGUCCUUAUUGCAGUCUCCUGGGCAACUGCUUUUUCCAUAGCGUUUCCUUUGGCUGUGGGAAAUCCUGAUUUGCAAAUCCCUUCCCGAGCCCCACAGUGUGUGUUUGGGUACACAACUAAUUCUGGAUACCAGGCUUAUGUGAUUUUGAUUUCACUCAUUUCUUUCUUUAUACCUUUCCUGGUGAUACUGUAUUCAUUCAUGGGCAUCCUCAACACCCUUCGGCACAAUGCCUUGAGGAUUCAUAGCUACCCAGAAGGAAUAUGCCUCAGCCAGGCCAGCAAACUGGGUCUCAUGAGUCUACAGAGACCCUUCCAAAUGAGCAUCGACAUGGGCUUUAAAACACGUGCCUUCACCACCAUCUUGAUCCUCUUUGCUGUCUUCAUCGUCUGCUGGGCGCCAUUCACCACGUACAGCCUCGUGGCAACCUUCAGCAAGCGCUUUUACUAUCAGCACAACUUCUUUGAGAUUAGCACCUGGCUACUCUGGCUCUGCUACCUCAAGUCUGCAUUGAACCCACUGAUAUACUACUGGAGGAUUAAGAAGUUUCAUGAUGCCUGCUUGGAUAUGAUGCCCAAGUCCUUCAAGUUCUUGCCACGUCUCCCUGGUCACACAAGGCGAAGGAUACGCCCUAGUGCUGUCUAUGUGUGUGGGGAGCAUCGGACGGUUUUGUGAAUACUGGAACUCUAAGAUAUUUGGAGACAUUAUGGUUCUUUAUUGUAUGAAAAUUUUUUAUAUGGCUUCUAAACUUUUAUUGGUUUUUAUAGUGUGUGUGUGUGUGUGUGUGUGUGUUUCAAAGAAAGAGUGGUAAGUACUUUGAUCCUGAAACUAAGGAAACACUGUAAGAAAGUGGUCACAUAUGUUACCUCUAGAUUAAGAAAACUUUGGGGGAAUGUGUUUGUUGAGUUGAAUGGUUUCACUUUUUAGCAUGAAUCAGGAUUCAUGGCACCUGCAGUUAACUUGAAUUGCAGGUGUUUUUAUGCUGCUGAGGCAAGCUGGGUUGAGUUAAUUGUUCCUUUUCCUUUCCUACAAGACACUGCUGCUCCUUGCCAUCAUAUUGGAACCAAAUCCCUCUGCAUCUCAGUUGGUAGAUACUUACUUUUAUUUUAAAAACAAAACCCAAGGAGGUUGGUGACAUUUUAAAGGUUAUUACAAUUUACUUUGGUGCACUUUAAAAGACAAUGUACAGAUUAAUUCAGCUGUGUUCUUAGAAUUGUUUUUAUAAACGACAUAUUGUGCUUUGGAAGACAUGUGCUUAUAAUUUCUAGGUAGAUAGUUUUUUAUUAAAAUGUUUUGGCUGCAUGUACAAUUUUCAAAGGAAUAUAAACACAUAGGGAUUUUUCCCCAAGCACAAUCAUGAGUUUUCAGAGUGCCAGGGGACCAUUGCGGAGGCACAGUGCUAUGGUGAAUUUCAGGGAGGAGCAGAUGAGAGGUUGACUGGUCCAGCUUGUGGCCAUCUUGCUGACUGAAGCAUUCUCACCAAGUUUAGAGAAAAGGGGCCACCACUCUGAGGUGGUGCUGUGUGCAAGGCGUUGGGCAGUCUUCUGUGGGUAUCAUUUGGUUCCUUUUUAAGAGUAAAGAAAUCCAAGUUUCCGAGGGACAAAAAUCCUGCCCAGAGGUUUUGAUAUGGUUGCGGGGCUCCAGACAUCUGAGCUACAGAUGCAGCUGUUCCAUUGUGUCACACAGACUCCUUAGUCUGUUUGAACCUGUCAUAGUCAAGGGGGACGACACAUAUUCUUUUUAUUUUCUUUCUCUCCUCUCUGUCUCUGUCUCAUCUCGUCCCGUCUCGUCUCGUCUCCUCUCCUCUCCUCUCCUCUCCUCUCCUCUCCUCUCCUCUCCUCUUCUAUUUUUUGAGACAGGGCUGCAUGGACACCAAACAGACCUUGAAGUUGCUAUGUUUCUGAGAAAGACUUGGAGUUUAUGAAGGGAACAAAUGACUUAGACCCACCCUUCAAGUGUGUGGGCCUGACGAUAUAUAUAAAAAUAUGAAAAUCGAAUGAAUUUUCAAUUUAUAAAACAAGUGACUGGCAGUUAAUGAGUGCCCAGCACUGCUGGCCUAGGUCUUGACCUGGCCACUUUGGAGGCUUCCAACCAUCUAUCUAUCUGUGCUCUAAUGUGAUCAGGAGUGGGACCUUUUGCCUUUCAGUUCUGGCCUUCGAAGACCUGAAGUUUGCGAAGUUCAGAGGUGUGCCUUCCCAAGGGAAGGGAGAUAAACCUGGUCUGAACUGAGAUUAGCUUUCAGAGGUCAGGCUUUGGAGUUUUCAUUCUUUUCCUUAAGUUAUCUGCCUGUCCUGGUGCAUGCAGAGCCUUGGUCAGCUUCACUCUAUUACCGGUGGUAGAUCUUAUAAAAUAGUCAGCAGGGGUGAAGCUACAGCCUCAAGCCCAAAGAGUUGAAAGGGUGGCCUCUGACUGCACUCUGGGCUAAGGCAGAGGUCAAAGUUAUCCUUUAACUGGAAUGGGUAACACCUUUUCUGAACUUGAGUGCUUUGUGAGUCAUUGGGAAAAACAAGUGUGUGCUUCUCCAUUAGAAAAACCCAAGAAGCUGGAUUGCAGGAUUGCUGAAGUCUUACCUAACCCUGAGGGUUUUUUGUUUGUCUGUUUUGUUUUCCAUACGUGAGUAUAGUUGGAAGAGUCCAGUCUACUUCACUGCUAUUACCUGGUCUCCAGUAUUACUUUAUCUUUGCUUUGUUAGCUCUGUCUUAAAGUGGUGUCUGAAGGGCUCUGACAUGGUCAUCAGGAAUCAGAUGUUGGAAAUUUGUUGACAGCACCAAUUGCAAUCAUGUUGGAAAUCCCCUGACUGUUUAAUCAGCUUUAGGGGCUAGGGGACACUAUUCACAACAUUAUGUUGAGAUCAUUGCUUAUGAUAGCCACCUACCUACCUCUUUAAUUUCUAACUUAUGUUUACCACAGGUAAAUAUGUCUUUGUCCGUUGGGAUCGUACAGGACUUAAACAGUGUAGUAGAUAUUAGCAGCAGGUUGAAAUGCAUUUUGCUUUCCGUUGUCAAUAUAAACUGGAUCAGAAGUAGACGUUAUCACAGAUGCUGAAAGUCCAACUUUCAAGAAAGACAGCACUGUGUAUUGAUGCAUACUGGUAACUGUUGAGACUCCCUUUGUGACUGUAGUUGAACUGAGUUUCAGAUGCUGUCUUCUGGAGCAGUUGAAGGUACUCUUUUCUGGUUAGAGGCAGCUACACUUGGCGAGCACACUGGAGAGACUGCUGAGCCAAUAUGGGAAGCUGUGGGAAAGGAGACGUUGAACAGCAGCUCUCUUUACUCUGGCUAAUCUGUUCAGAUGACAGUUUACAGAUCACUUUAAUAUUUUUAUUAUAUGUACCUUUCGAAAGCUUCAGGAAAAAAAUAUUAUGGUGCACCCUCAAGGAAUGUAGGCACAAAAUUUCAUGUUGCCUAUUAUUCCAUGUUUUCUUGAUGGGGAAAUACCACUAUUGACCACUGCUGACUGACAUAAUCAGAAAUUAUUUAUUUUUCCUCCUAGCUAAUACGAUGCAUGAACGAGAUAAGAAAAAUUUUUUUUGGUCAGAAAAAAACAGUAAAGAGAAAUUUCAAAUAGUUGGCAGUAGUGACAUUGAAACUUCAAUAAGCAUUUGAAUAUCCCCAGGGAAGGUCAACACAAAUUCCUAGGCCUUUGGGUCAGUGGUUGGGCACAAGAAUGCUUAUUUUUAUUGAGUGUUUUGCCUGAUUCUGGUUCAGAUGGUGAUUGGGGCACAGUUCCAAGAAACACUCCUAUAGAAAAUAAGUAUAUCAUUUAAACACUGUCUCUUUUAUCUUAAAGCAGUUGUGUGUUGGAAACCAAUGGUGAUCCACAGUGAAAUAUGUUCUACAUGGUUCGUGCCUGUCUGGUGGCCACCUGUGCUGGUAUGGAUUUGGCCAUCAGCAACUUUCUUUUCACUGGCAAAAUCUUAUGAACCAUGUGGUUUCACAAUAGGGGUCAAAGAAUGACUCACUAAUUGUAAGUCAUGACUUCCAGAAAGCUAAUUAGUAUAGUAUUUCUUUCCUGCAGAUGUCUCUAUAGGACAUCUCUUCAUUAUGUGUAAUUUCCUGAAGAGAGUGAGGGGAAUGUAAAGACUUAUCUAAUUUCUAGUUCUCUGCUUAGACCAGUUGUUCAAUUGAAGCAUGAAGUAAAAUAAAAUAGCCUUUUAAUCUUCAUACUUUUGUUGGAGACAAAGAUAUUUGAUUUCUCUGAUCUUACUUUGUUUACAUGAAAAUUGUAUGUAUAUAUCACAAAUAUUUCCACAUGCUUGCUAUUUUAUCCUGUCAUGAUUUAUAUUUGAGUUUAAAGUACAACAAGAUUCAAAUUUAUUUCCAUAAGCAUAAUUUUGAUGAACUGCUUCCAUUAAAAACUCAAUUUUUAUAAUAAUGAAUAAAAAUGUCAAAGCACAUGUUUGUUAUUGUAAGUAAAAGUUAAUACAUUUCUUAGCUAUCUAUAGGUACUUGUUAUUUGUAAUUAAAAUUAAUUUAUUUUAAAGUGGUACCCAGGUUUUAAUGAAUGAAAGACUUUUAAUUUGGGGUUGUAACAUUUAAAUCUCAAAAGUAUGUUUACUAGUUAAUAUUCUUAUUACAACCAAGAAAAGAGCUACCAAUAAGAAAAUGAAUAAAUGUUUAAUAUUUCUAAA